AUGCCCGCAUCGACGACGUCGAAGGAUGGGAAAGUUACCCGCAAUGACACAAUGGCACACGCUCGACUUGAUCAGCGUGGUAUGGAGCCAGCUAUAAGCGCCUACAUGAGUUGGGUUAUGGGUAGAAAUCAAACUCUACUCACGACAUAUAAGAUUGACGACAUAACCACAAAUAAGGUGAAGUUAAGCCAAAAGCUCUAUCUGGAGGCCCUUUCCGAUGCGGAGAAGGUCAUCGAGCUCAACACUUUGUCUCCUCUUGGAUAUGAAUUGAAGCAUGGAGCACUUCAUGGAGCACAACGCUAUGAUGAUGCAUUCGUGGCCUUCAAAAUCUUGCUCUCCAAACUAGAUAAUGCUCCUGGCGCACAGGUGCAAGAAAGUACAGAGUACACGCAGCUUUUGUAUUCAUCGGUGAUGCAUGGGCCCCUCCAAAUGGAGUCCAUCACAGAAGCAGUCACAAAGUACUUCAAUUGGGCGAUGUUAUCCCAUUGGUGGGAAAGGAAGGAGCCACUACUGCAUGACAUUCAAGGCAAGAUCAUCUAUGACUUGGAUCCGGUCAGAACCAUCGUAAAGUUGCAGCAGUUCUGUGAAGUCGCCCGUGAUGCGGGGCUUCGCUGGGCGUGGAGCGAUACAUGUUGCAUUGACCAGAACAACAAUGUCGAGCUACAAGAAUCAGUUAAUUCCAUGUUCACCUGGUAUUAUUACUCAGAGAUGGAGCGUUCAACUGGCAUCAGCGCCCAGGCGCUGGCUGCGUUCCGCCCGGGGAUGACAGGUGCCCGAGAGAAACUUCAAUGGGCGUCAACGCAUGUCACUACGUUGCAGGAAGACACCGCGUACUCAUUAUUUGGCAUCUUCGGCGUCCACCUUCCUGUAAUCUAUGGAGAGAAGAGACAAAAUGCGCUGGGACGACUUUUGCAGGAGAUCAUAGCCCAUUCGGGCGAUAUUUCUGCCCUUGACUGUGUCGGAAAAUCAUCCGAGUUCAACAGCUGUCUCCCAGCAGAUAUUACCUCAUACAAGGCUUUGCCAUGCGUACUGCCAUCUUUAUCCGAAGACGAGAUCCAGGCAUCGGUCUCCACAUUGCGAAAUACUGUGGCCAUGGAGUCAGCUUCGAAAUUGUAUACUAUCCUUGACAACCUCAGUGCUCCUCGCUUCGCCAACUGUAGAUUGCAACUGCCUUGCAUCACAUUUCCAGUCACGCAAGUCAGAUGGAAGGUUAGUACACGUUGUACCUAUGAUAUGAAGGCAGAUAAACUCCAAGACCUGGAAGUCACGAUGGCGGACACGCUGACUCAAUUCUCGCCUGGAAGUCCCACUCCACAGACAUCCUUGCUUAUCCGUCCGUGGAAUCGUCAUGAUCUCGGGCUGCCUGACUUUUCAGACGGGACGCAAAGCGCAGGCGAUUGGCUCGAGCCUCCGCUGACAUCAGAUGAUCCGCUUGGCUUGUCUCUUGUAGACAACGAACCGACUGAUUCACAGUCUCAUACGCGAGAGUUGAGCUUGCUCGCCCGCCUUGGACAGCGUUUUAGCGCACUUUGGCUGUGGCAGCAGCGUGACGACGAGCCGGUUGAUUCGCAGUCUCGCACGCGAGAGUUAAGAUUGAUCGUUCGCCUUGGACAGCCGUUUGGCGCACUUUUAUUGGCGCAGCAGCGUGGUGGGGAGUACAAGAGGAUUGCGUCAGAUCAGAACAUCAUUGCACGAGUCAGGGACAUGGCUUCUGUUGGUCACAUGGUGGAUGUUAGGACGUUGGAGAUAUUGUAA